AUGUUCCUACAAAGAAUAUACGACAAGGCGGCGAACCGUCUUGGACACGCCCAAUUUCUUCAGCCCCUGAAGUUCUGUCUCAGGAUGUACUUCAUGUUCGACGGGACAAUCAACGAACAGUUGACGAAUACACCAAUCGGUUCGCCGAUUUCGGGAUUAAUCGCCGAGGUUUUCCUGCAACGGUUGGAGUCGCUGACCUUCCGACGUCACAGACCAAAAUUUUGGGCUCCGUAUACAGAUGGCAUCUUUGACGUCAUCGACCUGGAUCAGUUGCUAUCAGCCAAAGAACGUUUCCCUACGGUCUGCCCGGACAUACGGUGUUCGAUGGAGGAGGGAGAGAACAACCAGCUGGCCUUCCUAGAUGUCCUCGUAUGCCGCAAAGAUUGUGGCGGCGUAAAGACUAAAGCGUUCAGGAAAGCGACAAAUACGAUGCAAAUACUAGAUUCAACAGCAACCAUCAAUCAGCCGCAAACGCAAUUGUGUAAGGACUCUCUAUCUGCGUAUCGAAACACACUACAAGAUUACCGAAAUAUAAUACCUACGACGAGUCUUUAAAACAAAUAGCUAUCCGCGCAACUUCGUCAACCGGUGCAUACGCAAAAAGGAAGGAAGGCCAAACUGCAAGGACCCCAAAUUUUGAUGAGCGCUUCCGUUUGUCAAGAACGUUUCGGAGGCUGUCAGCCGUCUUUUCGCACUGCUUAGGGUUGGAGUUGUACACAGACCGGAGGCAACCAUCAGGCGUCAGGUAAUGAAACCUAAUGACCCGCUGCAACUGCAAAAAACGUCUGGAUUCGUUUAUCGGAUCUGGCGCAGUUGCGGACAAAGCAACUACGUAGGAGAAACUGGAGGGCAGCUCCAAACGGGAAUGCCGAACGCGCUGCAGCCGUACGGAGAAAUGACUCCAGAUCUCAAGUUGAGGCCCAUUCGAGGAGAUCCGGCCACACAUUCAUAUUCUACGAGGCCGAAGUUCUCGUUGGAGGUGCUGACCGCGUGGGCCGCGAGUGGCUUAAGUCACGAUUCACUGGCCUCCUUUCCAUUCACAAGUUCGACGACCUUCCCUUCCAUACUCGUUAGCCACGCGUGGAUUGCACAGAUGAACACUGCCCCCAAUAUCUUCGAUGAAAUUGCAACAAUUAACGACGCGAAUGUCGGCCCUCAACCAGCCAUUACACCAAAUGCAACAAUCCCUGAUGAAGGGGGAGCUGUGAACUUUCAUGGGUGUGCAGUAGCAUGGCGACUGCAUUCUAUAAAUACUGCGGCCCCCCGUGUAUGAACCAUCUGUAUCUGCUCCUGUCUCUGAUGAUGGGCUCGAGCAGGAAUACGAAACGUCAGGCGAAAGAAGUAAUUGCCCUAGCGAUCGUGUCUCCUUCUUCCCAACCGCAGAAUCAUAAGAUCUAUCUAGCAGAAUCGAAAUAUGAAUGGUGAAACAAAAAGGACACGAACGCAAAGAGAAAGCAUAUUACAAAAAAGCAAAACUCUGUACGGACGCCAACAACGGGCGAGCAGGUGCUCAUUUUCGAGAGUAUCUUGAUAUAUUUGAAUUGUUUUCUCCCCACACUCAAAUGAGUAGAAAUAGCCUCGCCUAAAAGCUUCAGACCAGUGAGUCUCACAAGCACUUGUUGCAACGUAAUGGAGAACAUAAUAAAAAAGCAAAUUACGGACAUAUUGAAGAGAAUGACUUGCUUAUUACGCAUAAAAAUGGAUCCAGGGGGGUCAGUCCUGUCUCACUAGCCCGUGCACACCAACGGACUGCCGGACGAAAUCCUUGCAGUUGGUUUUCUCAGUAGAUGCAGUCUACAUUGACUUCAGCAAAGCCUUUGGCAAGGGGCCACACAGACGGCUUAUCUCUCUACUGCUCCAAAUAGAUGCGUUUGGCAAUCUAUCAAAGUAAAUAGAUUAGGUUUAUUAUAGCGCCCCUUGGGCACUGUCAGUCUCCCUUGAACACAGGAAAAAACCUAAAACAAACUCAUCCAUUUCCACUGCAGUUUGACUGUAUUUGUCUUGGUGUCUCUUCAGCCAACAGAGCGCGAAUUGAGAGUUUGUUUUAAGUUAAAAAGACCUGAGUUCCAAGGAAAAAUAAUCACGAAAGUUUUAAGAAAGGACGAUAUGUACAACAUAAAAAUUGAAGUGUGUAGUUUGGUAGUUUCUGGGUGGGCAUGAAUAAUAUGUUCUUCAUGGAAAUUGAAGAACUUGGAUAUUGACCUCACCUUGAAAGUAUUUUCCAGUUGGGUAAAUUUUGGUGUGCUCUAGUUGGUGGUUGUCAGUCUAUCUGGCCAGCUGUAAAGGGGCGGUCGCACAUUUCCUUCGUGUUUUUCUGGAGGCUUGUCAUAAUUGUCUGGACUAAUAGCUGGAAAAGAUGAAUAUAUAUCAGGAGAGAGAAACAUUCAAUGGUAAGUAACAAUCCAAGCUGUCAAUAUAAUAUUGAAUCAUGUAUCAUAUGGAUUCUUGUGAAUACGACAAUAUAGAAGUAAUGGUCGACUGUUUACAAUGAUUUAUGGCCGACUUGUUCACUGGCCGACGUUAGCGUGUUCGCACUGGUGACGCCAAAUCGGAGUGGUAAACCGUUCACAGCAGGGUUCUGCAGGGAGCGUCCUGUGUUCCAUCCUGUUCUUGGUAUGUGUCAACGGUUGUCUAUAUUUCGUAUCCUGUGAGAAUGUAAUGUUCGGUGAUGAUUCGAAGAUGUGGAUUUCAAUUGAAAAACCACAGGAGGCGUAAAGUUGCAAAACAACUAUGAUCGACUUUACCAGUGGUGUGAUGAAUAGCUUCCCAACCUCAAUUUCAAAAAACACCAAUUCGUCCGACUAAGGUCUACGUACAGAAAGGGUUUGAGCUCUGAAUAUCAGCAUUUCCUCGGAAGUCACGAAUUCGAGGUUUAUGACGAGGUAAAGCACAUAGCUGUGCUGAUAAUAUACACUUUCAAACUCUCCUUUCACCGAGUCAAAAUAGCAAAGAAAACUAUGGGCAUCCUGGGAGCGAUCAGGAGAUCCUUCCUUAACCAUUACGAAGAACCUUUCAGUCGACUGUUUGGGACAUUUAUCCGGCCGAUUUUAGGAUAUGGAUUUAGACAGGACGCCCAUGAAUUAAGCCAGAUUACACUUCUUUGGAGUAGAUACAACUAAGUGGGACCAAACUAGUCGAUGGGUUGAAAAGCCUACCUUGAGAGAAACGGCUAGAAAGGCUUAGACUUUUCCCCUCUCUUAUAGGCAAUAGGGGGAGACAUGAUCAUGGUUUUUAAACUCGUAAGAUGAGUAAAUUGUGCACUUAAAUUAACAGACUAACGAACGAAAAAUCCCCGAGGUCAUCGAUAUAAAUUGAAGACGCUGUACACCAAACUUGAAGUACGCGCUAACUUCUUCCCUCACCGGGUGAUUAAAGAAUGGGACAAACUGCGUAAUUCGGUUGUUCUGGUGGGAAGUGUUCAGGCAUAUAAACGAAAACUGGAUAAUCUUUUAUAUGAUAGUUAUAUAUUUACUUGAUAAGGACUGAUAAAAUGUAGCCGUAUAUUUACAUAAACAUAUGCACGUUUUUUCUUUCAGUCUAUGUCUGUAAAUAGCGUUUUCAAAGCCUAUCUCGCCUUCAUAUGCUGAAUUAAACCGAAGAAAUGGAGAUUUUGGCCAAAUGUAGACGCUGUAUUAAGAAGACAAAAUAUCGCAGAAACUGCGGAAGCCGCUUUUGGAAUGUCGACUAUGAAGCUUUGUAAAAACUUACGAGCUGUACAGUGCACUAGAUGUACUAAUAUAUAAUAGCGUUUUUUGACCGCCUUAGCAUUCGCUGUACUUAAUGUGUUUAUCCCAACACACGAUAUGCCGAGGUUACCAGUAUUUUUCGCAUUUAAAUAUCUUUUAGGAUAGAGGGAUGUCCUUGAUUUACGUGCGUUUAAAGGCAAAGUAUCAAUAUUUACCAAAACUCUGGACGGAGGAAGAAAGUUCACAAUAUAAUCAUACCUGUAGUACAUAAUAGUGCCAUUUUAAACAUCCAAAUACUGACUUUGCUAUUAAAACAAUCAUUUAAUAGGCAUAAUGAACACAUAAUGAAGAUUAUAUGCGAGGAAACUCAGCUGAAGGAUGGAGGACAAAAUAACAUUAACACUAAGUGCGUAAAAUGAAUGCCAGUGGGGUGAUAGGCUGUAACAGACGGAGGUUCGAACAGAGGUCCUACUUCGCUCUACUAAAAGACCUCCAUAUCGGCGUGGGUUUUCGAUUUUCAGCAAUCGUGUCUUCAAAGUCAUGUGUGAACAGACAGCUUCAUGCCAAAAUAAAAUAAGUCGUUUUGGUCAUUGUUCCGUUUCACGCUAAUUCCUCUUUUUUGUAAGAGUUCUUCCUGCCAACCUACUAUAAGUCGCUCCGGUCCUUUUACUGUUUACUUCAGCGUGAGACUUAUUUUCCUGUCCCACACUCUUUGCAGCAAUUACUCUUCUGCCGUGUUUUACUUGGUCUUGGCUAGAACCGUAAUCAGGGCAAGCGCAGAGCUGGAUGCGACGGUCAUAUCACUAUGCUUUUCCUUAAAAAAUGACGGGGCUGGUCAUGCUGUUACUGUUAAAUCUCUGACGAUGCAUAAGCGUUACGACGAGGGCGUAGAUAUAUUUCGGCUUUCGGGAUUUUAACGAAUACUUCAGACUGCAUAUGAUGAAAUAUGAUGAGUUUUUGCAGAUCGACGAAUGGACAAUAAUCCUAUUUGCACAGCGAUGCCUAAAAAUGGGCUAAUUGUAUGGAGUUUAGUCAGAAACAUUUCAGCCGUUUGCAGGUCUCGAAAGCGUUGGAUAGCUUCGAAUCCUAAAUAGUUCAAAGUUUUGUUUUCCAGGGCUUUGGUUGUCCGCGGGUUGGCUGAGAGAUUACUCGAACUGUGUUGAUAUGCAAAUCACGCUUGUCUCGGUUUUCUGUCGAAUUUCAUCGCCUGAAAAAAUAUCCCACGGAUUCGUCAAGCAAUCAUGUUGGUUCAUUUUCAGCGUCAGUAUCAGAGGCAAUAAGUGGAAGUUGGCAGCCUUUGUGGUUCAAGGUGGAGGGCAGACAAUAUCGUUGUGAAUUAUAUAUUUUCUUUCCCGUGAGGGGUUUUCUCCUUAGGACCAUCCAGCAAUGCAGGCUUGGACCGGGGCUGUUCUCUAAACCAUAACUUUCCUCUUUUGAGACGUGACUAUACUGAUUCGGCGUUUUCGUCAGUCUCAUUGUCCGGGACUUGAUUAUGUCUAAGUUAGCGUUUUGAAAGUGGACGCAAAUGUAAUUUCCCCGCCGCUUCUGUGAGAGAUAUUUAAUCUCGCUCGUGAAAGUUAAACUUAUCUUUCGUUGUGGAAGGAAUAACACAUUUUGCCUAUCCCCAGACACUGUCGAUCUGUGUCAUUUAACGACUUCCGGCUAAUAAACACACUCCAUCAGAAUCGCAAGUCUUAGGGACAUUGAUCAAAAAUAUGAUGAUGUGUCACUUGACGGAUAGUAACUUACUGGAUGCUGCUAAACAUAGUUUCCUCAGAGGUCGUUCUUCUGAUACCUGACAACUCUCAUUAUUUGAUCGUCUUUUCCAUUUUAGGGACAAUGAUAGUUCCAACUGAACAUACUACAAAAUUCUUUGGAACCUCCAAAAUUAUCUAUGGCUAUCUACGAAGUAUUAAAGGGACUCAGGAACUGAGCCCUGCCCUUAGGUCUGCAGAUGAAAAAGUGGAGACUGAUGACCAGAUUAAAGCAUCCCUCCUUUCUAAAUUCUUCCAUUCCGUCUUCACCCGAUAA